AUGCCUAGACAAAUCACUGAUAUCAAGAAGUUUGUUGAGUUGACUAGAAGAGCAGACGUCAAGUCCGCCACCGUCAAGACCAACUCUAAAUUCAACUCCAAGGGUGAGAAAUACCAGCAGACUAAGUUCAAGGUUAGAGGUGCUAGAUAUCUGUACACUCUGAUUGUCGAAGAUGCUGACAAGGCCAAGAAGUUGGUGCAAUCUUUACCACCACAAUUGAAGGUUACCAAGUUGUAG